AUGGCCUUGGGGGUGAAUCUGUCGUGGGCAUUAACGCUACUCGCGCUACAUUCAUUACUGCCGGAUGGACUUGCUGAAGACAGCGACUUUAAUCAGAAACCGGAAGAAAAAAAGGCUUUUGACGCUUAUUAUAAAAACCAGAGGGCCAAGAGUGACACUAAAAGCAUAGCUUUUCGGAGAUUCAUUCAGUUGUACUCAAGGAAUAGCGGCCGCCAUGUUAGAAUCAAUCCAAAUAGAAGUAUAGACGCCAUCGGUGAAGACGGCGACAAAUACGCCAAAUUGGUCAUCGAAUCAGUCAAUUUUGGACGAGUGCGUAUUCGAGGCUCCGUUACUGACUUCUAUCUCUGUGUAGACAAGAAAGGACGACUAAGGGCCAGGAAACGAGGUAAAUGGAGGGGUAAUUGCGAAUUCACAGACCGUGUUGCUGAUAACGCUUACACCGAAUUCACCUCUGUAAAGUAUAACAAGAGCCUUAUCGCGUUCAGCAGAAGGGGACGGCCGAGAGCGGUAAUCAGCACAGUAAAAGGGGGAGUCAAGGCCGUGCAGUUCAUAGAGCGGGCAUCAAAUAUCAGGCUCUACAGAGCGGGGAGAAAGCUCAGGAAAAGAGGUGGCAAAGGAAUAGAUUUAUAUCGUAGAAAGCAGCAGGUAGAGAAGAUCUAUGUCUCGAUGAAGAAGUGGAGAGAAUUCAAGCGAUGGCUGAAGUUUAAUACCCGAACAGCCUCAGCUAAAGUAAACACUACAACAACGGCCGUGCCGCCAUUACAACCAACGGCUGUACAGUUAAGUAGUAGGCCUACCAGUUCUAUUAGAUAUUUUAGGGAUAAAGGGCGAACUUAACUUAGGUUUAAAGUGCGAAUUCUUUUUAAUAGGGAACCAUUUUCACUUUUGCAAUUGUGACAAAGACUUACAGGUAAGAUUAAGUUCACCUUAAGACCUCCUUAGGAAAGUUUUCACUUGAAUAUCAACAAAAGACGAUUAUAGGAUGAUUAUUAGUUACAUUGCAAUUAAGGCGGUGAAUUUCGCCUGCACCGAAAACUGACUGCGCCAAAAACAGACGAGUUUCUGUUGUGUAUACACUGAUUUGCGCAUUCUGAUUAAAUUCAUCAUAAUGCAGAAAUAGAUAUCAAGUAAUUGUAAAAUUUUAAAAGCUUUUUAAAGAGAGCAUAAAGUAGGCACAUUUUAUGUCCUUUUAAUUUAAUUCCAAUGAGACAAAAUUUUCUUUUGAAUUUCGCUGCAUUUACAAUGUAAAUUCAUAUAGAGCACGUUUUCUUCCUUUACUUUUUCGCUCCCAAGAGUACCAAAUUCAUAAAAUUCAUGACGGUGAAAAAAAUGCAUUUAGCUGAGUGUCGGAGUUUGCACGAGUGCAAUGGCAUAUCAAGUAGUUGUGAGCAGAGAUUCCGCUUCAUCAAAAGAAAGCCUUUAGGUGGAGGACCACAGAAAACAAUACAUCUCACUUUAUCAGAUACUUGGGGGAAAAAAAGGGUUAGAUUAUAAGCAACCAGUUCGAUUGUUUUUCUUCCCAAUCUUAGGUCUUGUACAGCUGAAUUUUUAACUAAUAAGGCGAAAAUGGAUUGAGGUUUUUUUAGUGUCCAUUAUUAACAUCGAAAAACACCGUACAGGAGCUUUUGUAUAUUUAUUUAUUGCUCUUGGUAGGAAAUAAACUUCAUGAGUAUUCUGCCCCUAAAACCUUCAUUUAAAGCAAAAGUAUGCUCCAGAAACCAUGAAAUUUUGACACUGAAGCUAUUUGAGACUUUAAUGGGUAACCUAAACUUGAAAUAUGCUAGAAAAGCGGUCAGGGACGCCGCUAUCUUAACUAUUGCUUAGCUACCUGGCCGCUUUCCAAUAUUGACCCAAAAUUCGGGUCACUACAAUACCCAGAGUAGAAGCUUUUUGCGUAACGUGGGUUGUUUCCCGCCAUUUGAUGGGUGUGCAGACUAGUUGUUUACAGUAGGACGGCCUUUAGUACAUCUGAAGAUAAUUGUCGUAGGUGGUAAAGGUUUCAUUUUAUAAUCCUAAAACGCGGUAAGACUAGAUUUCAAACACGGUUUCAGGAGCAAACGUCAGCUUGGCGAGGAUGCGACACUAAGCCAAACAAAAGAGACUUUAUCAUUUACCCUAACAAUAACGUAAUAUAUAUUUAUAAUUUUAAAACGUUAACCAGUGGAAGACGAAGUCUAAGGCUCAAGAAAAAGUUGAGGACGAUUAUAGAGAUGUAAUUCUGUAGUCAAAUGAAUAAAGGCUGAUAAUUUCUAAAGAAACUGUUUGGGGCUGCGUCGGUGGG